CAAUAGUCGCCGCCAUAUUUUUUCACUAAACGCAGACCAACGCGCUCCGGACACCCGAAAAAUGUUUAGAUAAAUAAGUUAAAUAAGAUAAGCCAUAGUUGAAAGUGCAUCGAUUAGAGCAGUGAGUAAGUGACCAGUGACCAUCGACAGCAGCGAUUCCCGGUCGCCAGCAAAAAUCGCACGACUCUCCGGCAUCCGAGCGCUGCUUCUUCUUCCCCGGGCUUCUGCAGUCUCGAAAUCCGCGUCUGAUUUAAAGGAGUCCCAGUGCAAGUGUUAGUGCGUGUGUUCCAGAGUGCUUAGUCAGCCAGCGAGGAUCAUGGAAGGAGCUUCAGUGUCCUCGCCAUCGAUGGGCGGCCCACGUGGCGGCGGCUUCCGCGGACGCGGUGGUGGAGCACCGAUGCGCGGUGGCUUCGAUCGCGGACGUGGUCGUGGCGGUCGCGGCCACUUCAUGGGUGGCAUGCGCGGAGGCGGCGGCAGCGGGAUGGGCGGGGGACCGCCCAUGCAAGGCAUGAUGUCGGGUCCUCCGCGGGGUAUGCGAGGUUCCCGCGGCGGAAUGGGCUACCAGGGACGCGGCGGUGGCUAUCAGCCGCGCGGUGGCGCCCCCAUGGGCAUGCGUGGUGGUCGUCCGCCCUUGUACUCCCAACCUCCCAAACAACACACAGGUGCCGAAAAUAACAAGACCGUGUCGCCAGUGCCGACUUCGACGAUCAGUGGAGAACAGCCAGCGGUUGAGCCAGCCGGCGACGAUGCCACCGAUGGCCAGACAUCGUCGGCCGCUCCUUCGAGCAACUCGCAUGGCGGCAGCUCCGCCCCAGGUGGCAGCAAUGGCGGGGGACCUCCUCCGUAUCUGGGCCGUGGCCGUGGACGCGGCGGUCCCUUCAGCGGACGCGGACGAGGUGGCGGCGGCUACAACUCGCACAUGAACGGCAGCGGCGGCGGAGGCAGCAUGUAUGGCGGCUCCCACAGCCACCACAGCAACUCCAUGGGCGGCGGUCCGGGCGGAGAGCAUGGCUCGAUGCCCAGACGUGGAGCACCGCGCGGCAGGGGCGGCUACAAUCAAGGUAUGAGUCGGCCACCCUUGCAUCAUCAUCAGGCACAUAAUCCCAAUACACAACUCGCACCGGUACCAGCUCUCAAACGUGGCGCUCCCGGUGGUCCUGGUCCCAAGCGCGGUCGCUACGAGGGCGGUCCCUACGGCCAACGGCCCAUGACGCCCAAGUACCACUCCACCCAGCAGCACAUGGGUGGCGGCGGAGGCGGCGGCAUGUCCUCACAGUCGUCAUAUGGCUCGCCGCCAAGUCACCAUGCGCCAGCGCAGAGUCACCAUAGCUACCAGACUCACGACCAGACCCAGCAAGUGGAUCCCUAUGCGCAGAGCGGCUACAGCACCCAGACCACUCAGCAGGGAUACAAUGGCUAUGGCCAGAGCGGCGGCAGCAGCUAUGCGGCUCACACAUCGCAGACAAGUGCUCCGGCCAGCAGUAGCUACGCGGCCCACCACGGCACUGAGUACGAUCAGAGCCAGUAUCAGAACUACAACAGCUCGACGGGCUAUGCUGCUCCGCAGGACACGCGGUACCAGUCGUACAGCCAGGACUACAGCCAACAGUACGGCUCGACUGCCGUGGACUACAAUGCCGCCGGGCAAGCGGACUACAGCCAGCAUGGACAGCAGAGCACUGGCUACGAUGAGCGUGCCUAUGCGGGUUAUGAUUCGCAGGCCUACUCGCAGAACUAUUCGAAUGCAGCCGCCUACUACUAGACAACCGCUUUCCACUCCCACCCCUGACGGCACACUAGAGAUCAGAACGCUGCGCGUGCUCCGAUAGGCCAAGAAACCAAAUAAAAAGGGAUUAGGGCAGAAAGAAAUCGAGUAACAGGAAGGGAAUCUAUGUUUAAUGCAGCAAAUAACUUGCAAUACAUUAUGAUACACAACACACACACGCGGUCACUCAGAACAUACAAUUUUAGUAGUAAGGAUACAGUUCUCUUUUUCUUAGCAUUUAAGCCAAAUCGUGUUUCGACGUCUUUCUAUAUAAACCCCUUGCCCAAAUUAAUUUUUCCCCACUUGUUUUCGUUUUGUCUCCCCCAUGAAUCCUGAACAGAAAUAUUGAAAAUACCCGCAUUGCCUGUUGUUUAAUGUUUUCUUUAUAGACAAACGGAGCUAGCCUGCACUGAGCUCCAGCCUAAAAAAAUGAUUAUGUGCUCCUCCUUAGUUCCAUUUACAAUUACAAUUCAACUGUGACCAAAGUAUGCUAAAAUCAUAUUUUUUAUAUGACGGGAAACUACGAGUACGUACAUGAUCUUCUUAAUGAACUAAACUAAAUUUAAACAUUUUGUGAAUCAUGUCAAAUUGUAUACAAAUGAAUGCAAUGUAUAUUUUAGUUAUUAAGCUCAAAACCGCAAACGACUCUCGACAGUGAAAGUUGAUUUUCAAUCCCAUAUACUCCUGAAAAGCGUUUAUGAUUUUUCAAGAAUGUGUUUUUUCUUUACCAUCUCGACGUGAAUGACAGAAGCCAGACUUAUUAUUUUCUUUUUGUUUAAAAAAAAACUCUUAUAGCCACAAUUUAAGCAAAAAAGUUCGUAAUUAUGUAACUCCUUUAAACUAAGCUGAGAAAAACAAGUAACGAAAUACACAAAAUAUAUUAGCAAAAGAUGCAAAAAUCAUAACCAUUAUCAAAGUCAAUAAAAUAAUGUUCAAAAAUGUGUUUAAUGCAUUAAACUUA